AUGGCUGGCCGCAAGGCCGACAAGUCCAGUGCGGCAGACGACCACGAGGAAGGCGACGCGACUCCGCGGGAUAGGCGCAGCAAGGACAAGAGCAGGAUCAGCAAGGACAAGUCGGGAAAAGCUGGAAAGGUUGUGGCGCCAGAUGGGGGCCUGGCCACCAACAUGAACGCAUCUUGGGCUCGUUGCAUCGGGGGGGGCCCUAACUGCUGCUUCGCAGAAGGCGAAAGGGCGCGACGCACACGAACCGCUGCAGGUGCGGUGGCGGACAUCGCGGCGGAGAUCCUCGAGCUCGCAGGAAACACGGCCAAGGACCAGAAGAAGCUGCGCAUCCAGCCGCGGCACAUCCAGCUCGCGAUCCGCAGCGACGAGGAGCUGAACAAGUACAUGAGCAACGUGACCAUCGCGAACGGCGGCGUGCUCCCCAACAUCCACUCGGUCCUGCUCCCGAAGAAGCAGGGGGCCGUCAAGGAGGGCGGCCUCAAGGGCGCCUCGCAGGAGUUCUGAGCAGGGUCGCGCGCGCGCGCGGGCGAGAUUGGACAAGGCGCAGCCUCGCGCGGCCGCGGCUGUCAUCGCCACCUGUGGUUGCUCGCAACCCGCGGGCCACGGGAGAGGGUCCGCCAGCAGCGAUCGAGUUGUCACCGCCAGUGCCUAUUCGCCCCCGCCCGUUCUCCGCGUCCAAUGUCGCGGACGGAACCAUGCAGCGGCAGGGUCAUGUACAUAAUAGGCAGUGUAACAUUACAGCCGGCCAAUACGAGGCCUUGCGCUCUAUCCGCGGCACAUUGCCUGAACGGUAGAGACGCUUGUGCGUGCACGCUCGGCGCACCGAGAGGCCGCUGAACUUCGUGACUGGGGAAGGAGCCCAAGAAACGAAGCGCCUCCUUCGAUUGCUUCUCGCUCGUCCUGUGGCGCAUCCUUGUGAGAGCGAACGCAGUUCAAAGGCCAGUCCAUACAUCAGCGCCGACUGUCCUAGGCAAGCGCCCGAAGGC